UGUCUAACUCAUGCACUUUAGUUGAUGAGGCUGGUGAGGAUGGUUUUACAGCGAUUAAUAAAACAUCCAGACCUAAUACUAUAGAGGAUGAUAGUGAUGAUGAUGAUUUUAUGAAAGAUAUAAAAACAACAGAUAAAGAUGAUGAUGAUGCUAGUAGUAUAGUUAGUGCUGUACAGUCAGUACGCCCAUUACCACUAGCAGACGCCUAUAAACCCACACCAUUACAAAAGGCUUUUCAACCAGGUUCAACACCAGUACAUUUAUCUAGUAGAUUUAUGAAAUGGAAUUGUGUUGGUAUUAUAAGACAGUAUAAUAACGAUGAAGAGAAUUCUAUAGAUGUAGAAUUUCACGAUACCUCUACACAUCAUCCAUUACAUAUCAGUAAUAACAUGGACUAUACAAUGGCUGAUUUAUCAUCAGAGGCUGUAGUUUUAGCAUCACAUACUUAUGAUGAUACACCAAGUAAAUUAACAUGUAUGCAUUUUGGAUCGUGGGAUAAUGCUAAAGAAUGGUCAAUAACAAUGCCUGAUGAUGAAGAUAUACAGGCUGUAACUAUUGGUAAUGGUUGGUUAGCUGUAGCCACAUCAACACGUAAUGUUAGAUUAUUUACUGUAGCUGGUCUACAACAAGAUACCUUUAUUAUACCCGGUCCUAUAGUUUCCAUGGCAGCCAAAAAUAACAAAUUAAUUCUAGUAUAUCAUAGAGGAAUGGGUAUACCAGGAGAACAGUUAUUAGGUGUAUCAUUAUUAACAGUAGGAAGUAGAAAAAGAACAAUAUUUAAUGAUAUACCAUUACCUAUAUCACCUAAAACAACUUUAACAUGGAUAGGGUUUUCAGAAGAAGGAACACCAUUUUCUGUGGAUUCUAGUGGUAUAUUAAGAAUGUUGAAUAAAGGAUUAGGUUUUCAGUGGAGUCAAGUAGCAAACACAAAAGAUCAAGCUAAAGGAAAAUCAGAUCAUUACUGGAUUGUUAGUUUACAUGAGAAUCCUCAACAAAUCCGAUGCAUACCUUGUAAAGGUUCCCGUUAUCCUGCCACUUUACCGCGACCAGCUGUAGCCAUCUUACCUUACCAGCUACCACUGUGUGAAAUGAACACAGAAAAGUCACAGUUUGAGGAAUGUCUGUUACGAUGUAAGUUAUUCUCCCACAAUCUACCUGCUGAUAGUUACGAAUUAGAAGAAGUAUUGAAACCGUCACAAGAAGCUCUCAUGAAAUUAUUUGCUUUGGCUGUGAGAUCAGAUAGAGAACAACGAGCUCUAGAAGUUUGUAAGUUAAUGUCGGAAGAUCAUACGUUACAGUUAGCUAUAAAAUACGCCAGUAGAUUACGUAAAUUACAACUAGCAGAGAGAAUCAGUCAGUUAGCUCAAGAUAAAACAGAUGAGGUAGAAGAGGAGGAGGAAGAAGAUAAUUUAUUUAAUACUGUCAAUUAUCAAGCAGAUGAUUGGUCAAAAAGUAAUGGUCAUGUGAUAGCAGAAGAACCAAUGGAAGAAGAGACAGAGGAUGAUAUAGUAGAUGAUAAUAUAGAAGAAAGAGAGGAAGCAGACGGACAGGAUCAACCUACAGGUCUUCUAUUAAAUACCAAACCAAAACCUAAGACAACAACAACACCUGCUGCUCCAUUAAUAGGUAGAUCUAAUCCUUUCAAGAUUUCUACACAAGAGAAGAUGAAACAGCCAGUUAAAGGUACUCAAGUGUUUGAUGGUAUGAAUAAAAAGAUAGAAAAACCAAAAUCAACAUCAAUAAUGCCUAUUAGUACCAAGAUUUCUAAAACUAACCAGAAAAAGAUUCCAUCCCAAUCCAAGUUAUUUACAGCUAAAGGUGAAAAAUCUAAAACAGAUGUCCAGAAGACGUGUAAAGAUAAAUCUACAGAAGAAUCUAAUAAUAAGAAAUGUCUGAAUGCAUUUGAAUUAUGGCUGGAAGACAAUAAAACAGAUUUAGAGGAAGAACAUCCAGACUUAUCUGAAGAAGAUUUUGGAUCCAUGGCAACAGAUCGAUUUAGAUCUUUAUCAAAAGAUGAUAGACAGGUGUGGAUACAGAAAGCUAAAUCCUUGAAAGCCAAUGCCAAAAAUGGAGAUGAAAAUACAGAACAGAAAAAACGUAAAAGAGAGGAUGAAGAUGCGGACAUUAAGCCUUCCAAUAAAAAAGCACAAAAAGAAAUAGACAUUAAAAAACCUCUAUCGCAAUCUACUAAUGCUAAAUUAUCAAAUUUUGCCUUUUCAAAAGACUGAAUGAAAUCUGUGUUGAAAUUUUAAAACAAUUUAUUUAUAAAACUGGUUGAAAUGUAAGAAAAAUAAAGAUAUUUUU